AUGACAGGCAUAAAGAAAUAUGCCCUCUUAGACACCUCCAGACCUCUAAUGACAAAUUGGGCAUCAGGGGAGGAGAGAAUCGCAUCUAUGAGGAUGCCGACAAUUAUUUCAAAGGCUAAGUCAGCGUCAAUAACAUUUGUCCAUAGGCCUAUUGCGGAGGUCGCUUCUCCUGGUCAUGUUCAUCCACUUCCCGCUGAACAAAGGGAUGAAGUUCUUCAGCAAAAGCGUCAGGCAAAGAGGAAGACUUUGCAGGAAGAAACUACUAAGAACUUCUCAAUAGGUUACAUCAUGGCAAAGCAUAUUGACGUUGCUUUUGACGAUGAAGAGGAGAUCAAUGUUCUUCCCAUUGAGCAGCAACUCACAUUUUGGAGAAAUUCUGCUAAAUUUCUCAAGCGACUUCUUGAUGCUACAAAGCAGACCAAGAGCAAAUAUUGUAAAGAAUUCAUGAUUGAGAUCAACAGGCUUAACAGGAUAAUUGAAAAAUGUGGAAGACAUGAUGAGGUUAUAGACCCAGUGCUGCUUAAGUCAAAUAUCAAACAGAAAAUUGCAAAUGAAAUUAGGAAGAAGCGACAGGGAGCUCAAGAGGAACAGAAGUCCAAAACAAGCAGUGUAUAUAAGGAAGAGCCCACCAGUCAAGAACAUGUACAUAAGAUUGUUGAAGAGGAUGUAAAGCAUCUUGCUGACGAUGAGGCAAUAGAAGAGGAGCCAGUUACUUCUCCAGGGGAGGGGGUAUAUAGUAAGGUUGACCAGACUGUAGAUACUAAGGUUGAUGAUAGUGUAAAUAAGGAAGAGGAGCAUGUUGAGGAUAAUAAAGAGAAGGAGAAUGUAGAUAAGUUGGAAGUACAGGAGGAAGAGGAUCUUGUGAAUAUUAAACAUGAUGUGGACAAACUUGUAGAUGUUCUAACGAGCAAUGUGGAAGCAAAGCGCCCACCAAAGCCAAGAAGGGUAAGCAGGAGAUCUAAAUGGAAGAGGACACCAUAUACUGAAGGCAAAAGAAAGAAAAAGGAAAAAAUUAGUAUAGAUAUACUUGAAAGUCUUGAACCAAAAGUAAAACUAGCUGAAAAAGUUACUCAUUUUUACCCCGGUAUUCAAAUCCCCAAUUUUGUUGCGUUGAGUUUGAAGCCAAUGACAGAUGAAGAGGAAGCUCUAUUGGGAGAGCUGAAUAAUGAGCUACCAGACCCUACAUUGUUUAACUUACGCAUAAUAGAUAGCACAGGUGCUUUUGUACAUAAUUUAAAGAUACCAUCUCCCAUAGCAGAAAGACUCGACAAAGCUGAAAUUGAUAGCCUAACCAAAUUUUGUUCUCAGAAGAUUCACAAGAGAUAUAAUGUUAUAGUAACAACCAACAGCACUAUUAACAGGGAAGAGUUGUUAUAUGUGCUUCGUGGUGGCCGCCUUGACGACAAGGUGGAAGAAGCAGUUUUGGACACGAUUAGCCAGGAGGCAUACGACAAAGGAUAUGGAGUGGUAUCGGUGUUUUUUCUUGUAAGAACAUGCUAUUCCUAA